CUCACGAUUAUGAAACGCUCGGACGUACGCAUGUAAACUACUUGAGAAAAGCGCCAUCGUUGAGAGAACUCAUGAGGAGCAUUAUUUACUUAACUCUACCACAGUUGGCCUGUCUUUUGGCCGUGUGUGCGAGCUACACUCUGCGGAACUCUGUCUCCUGGGCGGUCUCCUCCAAAGAUGUGGUGGAGGACGCCGACCUAUCGGAGGAGGUCGCCCCGGCCUUGCUGGUGGACGGCGGCGGGCUGUGGAAGCAGGCGUACCCGGCAGGCGGAGAGGAGAGUCCCGGGGAGCGAAUGAAGCCCGAGGGCGACUCCAGUCCGGCGCAGGGCUCCGCUCGCCUCUUCUCUUAUCGGACGGAGAAGGUGACUGUGGCGGGCAGCGGUCCUCCCCCGCACCAGGAAACUGCAAGAACAGCCAGAUACAUUGCUCAUAGCAGCGACUGGGGUACCCUGGCCACCAUUUCUAGCCAAGACAAGAUUAAGGGUCUUCCUUUUGGGAACAUUUUCUCCAUCAGUGAUGGACCAAUGGACAACAGCACAGGGGUCAUCUACUUUUAUGUGACACCCAUGGAUAAUACUGUGUCCGACCUGAAAAUGAACCCCUACGCUUCCAUCACUUUCUCAGAGGCUGAGAGGGAUUUCUGCAGACAAAUGGUGUAUGAUCCAGAAGACCCCAGAUGUGCGCGUCUCACGCUAACUGGCAAAAUGAUGGCGGUCGGCCCAGAAGAGCUCGCCUUCGCCAAAGAGGCCAUGUUUUCCAGGCAUCCUGUGAUGGCAAAGUGGCCUGUGGGACACAAGUGGUUCUUCAUGAAGCUGGAGCUGAUCCAAGUGUGGCUACAGGACUGGAUCGGAGGCACGUCACUCAUUCCGCUGGAGGAGUACUUUAAAGCAACCCCCUACUAAAAUACCUGCUGUGUACUUCCUCAGCCUAGGAACAAAACGUCACAUUACUUCAUACAAGAGAGACAAAUCCAAGUCUGUUAAAUAUUUCCAAGGUGGUUGUCACGGUAAAGGAGUUCAGAGUUUAAACUGUCAGAUGGAAACCGGUAGAACCUGAUCAGGCUAUUGGUAAAUUCAGGUAAUAAUUGAGUUUCGGUGUGUGUAACUAGAGAAUAGUGGCUGGGAGGGACUAUUUCUGGACUUUGCUGCGGGUUUUGGACUGCUGAGGGGCUGUAAAAAUAAUUGGUCCUGAUUCUCCACUGUUGGAGUUUGCAGGGCUACUGUUGCCAUCUUAUAUAACUUUGUAUUUUUUAGGCCAGCAAUCCACUCUCGAGUGUGCCAUGGCUAUGUGUGUUUUUGCUUUUCAAGACAUUGAUUGUGCCUUUUAUUCCCAAGGAAUGCGACAAAUUAUGUUUAAUGUUUGACUGGUUUUGAUUUUGCAUCCUGGUGAUUAAAAAUGAAAAGUAUGAAAUUGAAUACACUGAAUAAAACGUUUAUCUUAAAAUAUACAUCAUACCCACACUAAAUUAAAGCAACAGUAAGUAACUUUUCAACCUUUAUAAAAAUUUUUUUUUAUAAUAUUUGUGGUGAUAUGUCGACUGAAAACUAGUAGAAUGACACCUCUUGAGGAGGUCUGUAUCGCUUUCACCGGCAAUAAUUAACUUUGAGGAGGGUGGCAGGAGCCCUGCCACACAAAAAACUACAAAUGUGCUGACUGCCGUACGGCAUUUUUCACUUCUCCCUUUCCCUUUGUUAUAAAGACGGAAGUCGAUGCGAACGCUUUCGCACAAAUUUUGCAAAGAUGGCAGAGCAACAAAAGUGACAAAAAAAAUUAGGCUAUUAAGAUAAAAGGACACUUACGAACUAGAAACUGCAAUUACUGGAGAAAUUACUAUGGGACUUUGCUGUUUGGAGUUUGAGAUCUUGACCCCGCCCAGGUUGAUUUGGGGACAUUUCAGGGACAGUAUCAGGUCACUUCCUGUUGAUUUGGGGACAUUGCGGGGACAUGUAUGGUCACAUCAGGUCAUUUGGGGACAAGCCCUGGUCAUAUCAGGUCAUUUGGGGACAUGUCCUAAUCAUAUUAGGUCAUUUGGGGACAUAUCCUAAUCAUAUCAGGUCAUUGGGGGACAUGCCCUAGUCAUAUCAGGUCAUUUGGGGGACAUGUCGUGGUCAUAUCUGGUCAUUUGGGGACGUUUGUGGGAGGUGUCCUGGUCAUAUCAGGUCAAUUGGGGACAUGUCAUGGUCGUAUCAGGUAAUUUGGGGGACAUAUUGUGGUCAUAUUUGGUCAUUUGGGGACAUGUCCUAAUCAUAUCAGGUCAUUGGGGGACAUGCCCUGGUCAUAUCAGGUCAUUUGGGGGACAUGUCCUGGGCAUGGCAGGUCAUUUGUGGACAUUUGGGGGACAUGUUGUGGUCAUGUCUGGUCAUUUGAGGACAUUUGUGGGAGGUGUCCUGGUCAUAUCAGGUCAUUUAGGGAAAUGUCUGGGUCAUAUCAGGUCAUUCGGGGACAUAUCGUGGUCAUAUCAGGUCAUUUGGGGGACAUGUACUGCUCAUAUCUAGUCAUUUGGGGGACAAGCCCUGGUCAUAUCAGGUCAUUUGGAGGACACGUCCUAUUGAUAUCUGGUUAUUUCCUGUUGGGGACAUUGUUUUUUUUUUGCCAUUGAAAAUGAAUGGGAAAUUCGGACAUCCAUGGCCAGCAAUGGCAUCAACUUACAUAUGCGUCAAUGGAAUCCAAGUACAUUGGCAUCAGUAGAAUCGACAUACAUGGCCGUCAAUGGCAUUAAACAAAGUGAACACCAUUUUAAAUGAAUGGGAAGAAUAAAUAUUUACCCGGCUUUCACUCGCUGUCGUGACCAUCCCCCCCGCCCCACAACGGAAGUUGUGGUGGGCGCGGGAUAUGGUAGAAAAUCAGACGUGUUUUUAUCAUCAACAUUGUCGUAUGCUAUUGUUUAGCCACAACUGGAUUCAUUACCUCAUUACUCUUCAUCCUUCACACAGCCGCUGGAAACAGAAAUGUUGUGUAUUCAUCUGCAGGUGACAUGAUUUUAUGACACUGUGCGGGAGUCCUAAUGGGAAACGCAGUCUUCCUUAAGGCAAAACACUAACGCCUCUGCCCACCUAUGUCUCUAAAAUCGACCAAAACUGAAAAGUUACGUUGUGUUGCUUUAAUUAUACAGUCAGCAAAACGGCAUUGACUAGAACGUACAAGUUUUGGGGAAAAAAAAUCAUGUUAACAAAUUAUUACAGACAUGGUGUUCUUUUCGCUUUCUUAAGUACACAAGAUUAGUUUAAAAUGUAAAACGAGGUGUGAGUACAGUGCGUCUUUGUGCUACACCAAAUGUUCACAAGGGGGCGUAAUGAAACAAAACAUAGAUGGAGUCGCUGUCACUUGUUGGAAAACAAAGGUACCGCUUCUUCACACUGGCAGUACUUCCGGCAAGGGCUUGUGUAUAAAGUUAGAGACGAUUGGUGAUGAAACCAGAGUAGAACUUUAUAUUUACUUUAUUUAUUACACUGCUUGUCACCAAUAGAGCACACCAACAUAAAAGCAUGGAAACCUUGGGUAUUUAAAAAAAACUCCAGGAUUCUACUUGUAGGCAUAUAUAAUAAAAUAAAAGCCUACAUAAUGGAACAACAGUUUAGUUAAGGCUAAUCAGAUGAACUUUAAAUUGCAAAAAGUGUAUGCAAAUUCCAGCCGAGCCAGGGAGGAUUUGAGAUAUUUUAACAAUUAAACAGCUCUGCGUAUCAUCUUACCUUUCUGUUUGACCCUCCCCUCACCCCACCACGCCCCCCCUUAAUUUAAUUUUGUUAUGUUUUCAGUUUAAUGUAGCUAUUUCAAGCCUGCUAUCUUGAAAAUGGCAAUGUUUGUUUACCACUUUUCGUCUCACUGCGAAAAAAGAGGAAGUGACGAUCAGCCAGCUAUGAUAUUUACAGUGGGUUAAAUUCUAUCCUAACAACACAUGGGAUGACAAUCUAAAUUACCUUUAUAGCUUAACUCCUUGUAUAAUGCAAAUAAGGUUGCUUAAAAGUUGGUGGGGACAAUUUCAGCAUCCUGAAAAGUUGGUAGUGUUACGUCCCUACCGUCCCUAUGCAAACAUACGCCUUAGCAUGUGAUACAUUAACACUGUUCAGACCAAUAGGACACUCAGAUUCCCAUUCUCCGAGUCAAGCAGCUAAACAGCACAGCUUAAAAAUAAAAUAAAUAAAUUAGGGCUGUCAAAAUUAUCGCGUUAACGGGCGUAAAAUUAAUUUUUUAAAUUAAUCACGUUAAAAUAUUUGACGCAAUUAACGCAUGCAAUGAAUGACCCGCUCGCAUAUUGCCUCAAACAGAUUACAAUGAGGCCGUUUAUGGACAUUAAGAGUGAAGAGAAUGCCACCGCCUGCUUGGGGGCAGCGCCGUUCCAUACUCAUGUUAUUUCUUCUAAACGUGGGAGAAUUAGUAGUUGUGAGACGUUUAUGCUGUAUUCACAAUGCUAUGGAAAUUGCUAUUUGUGCUCCACACAUAUUUCGGUAAGUUUUCUUUCUUUUAGUGGUAAUCAUGUGUCUCUUUUGUAUUUUGGGUAAGAUAUGUACAGAUACAGUGGGGAGAACAAGUAUUUGAUACACUGCCAACAGUAUAUGUUAUACAGUAAAGGCGAGUGAACACAGGCGUUCUUUGGACCGCGCCGUUUAUUGGCAUAACAAACGUAAGUAUUGUUUAGUGAAAGCACAACAAAAAUAAUAUUCCUAUCCCUCAAAAAAAAAAAAUAAUGUUCACAAAAAGAAAAGCACUUCAGUCUAUAGUAAUGAGGCCCUAUUCUGACACACAGUUAAACAACAAUGCAAAAUGAACUGGCAUUCCAUAUCAAAAUAGCUAUGCAAAAUACACAUAAAACUUUUCACUCUAUUUUUAUUAUUGUUAUUUUUAUUCUUCUUAUUAUUAUAUCAACUCUAUUGAUUGAAAAUUAAAAAAAAAUAUAUAUUAAAACGAAAACAUGAAGAGGGGUUUUAAUAUAAAAUUACUAUAACUUGUAACAAUAACAUUUAUCGUUUAAGAACUACAAGUCUUUCUAUCCGUGGAUCACUUUAACAGAAAGAAUGUUAAUAAUACCAUUUGUGGCUUUAUUGUUACAAUAAACAAAUACAGUACUGAUGUACAGUAUGUUGUAUGUAUAUAUCCGUCGUGUGUCUUUCCAUUCCAACAAUAAUUUACAUAAAAAUAUGGCAUAUUUCCGAGAUGGUUUGAAUUGUGAUUAAUUACGAUCAGUGUUGGGAGUAACGCCGUUAUAGAUAACGCCGUUACGUAACGGCGUUAUUUUUUUCAGUAACGGGGUAACCUAACUAAUUACCGUUACCGUUACUGACGGUCAAAAGUGGUGCGUUACUUACUCUGAAUAAAUUGAAGAAACUACCAGCCGUGUCGAGUCGACUCUCUGCUCUGUUGAUUUGCCAUCCAAGACUUAGGGUGCGUUCAGGUUCGAGAAUAGCGCACGUACUUCUGACUUCAAGCUGUUUGUCCCUGCUCGUUCAAUUAGACAAUGCUUUCCAAAGUUUGGUAACGUUUCUGUGUUUGCUACACCUGAUGCUAGCCUCGUUCCCAUCUCCCACUGUCAGCCAGCAAUAAUUCUGCUUCCAUCUUGAGGACGGCAGACGCUUUGAAGGUGACGUGAAUUGUCGGGAAACCAGCCUACCUGAAUGCGACCCCUCGAGAGAUGCGAUGGAAGUGAUUGGCUGAGGGUUAGAGUCAUGUGUCUUGGCAAGCCAAUCAGAGCCGGUGAUUUCACAAGCAAACCGGAACAGCGCGUGCGGCAAACACACACGCAAAACAGAUGCACAGGGUCAGGAUGGCAGAGCAUUCAGAAGAAAAAUUGUCCUUUAAGAGGUGGAGAUAUAGACACUAUUUCAAGUUUGUCGAAAUUAAAGGAAAGAACCUGCAUUUAAUGUGUAAUUUAAGUCCCGGGGCAAAGCUUUUGUCGACAUAUGUGGUAAGCAGGGGUUAAUUUGUGCCGGAACAUGUUCCGGUACUUCUUGAUUUUAGACUCCACGUGUUCCGGGACUUAUUUCGUCCGUUCCGGCACCUUUUGAGUGUAAAUAUUCAAGAUAAUAAUAUGCCGGGCGUUUUGGAGGAGAGCGUAAAGCAACGAUCGUCUCCUUUAAAGCUGGUGCCCUCUUCAGUACAUUACGCCAUGACUUGCAAUAGUAUAAAGCACGGAGCACACAUUAAAUAACACUGGAAACCAACCACCACUCUAAAGUCAUGGUUGCCCAAACUUUUCAUCGAGAAUUUGGGCUUAACAGAAAACAGUUGCUUUAAAUUGUAACACUUGCUAGGUGAAAGCUUGGCAGCGAAAAUAACACAGGAACCUUGACGCUUUUUACCCCCUCAUUUUAUUCUUCUUUCCGCCACCCUAAUGCAAAACAAACAAGUCACUGGCGGGCGGCUAUGCAGUCCACCAAUCGGAGCAUCGUGCUGGCGCACCAAUAAGAGCCCAAAAUAUUACAUUAAAAA